AUGUAUCACAUCUCCACAACCUCUAACAACAACAACCACUCCAAUGAGUCUACAACAUGUCUUGAUAUUCAUAGUCAUGUAUAUAAAUACUAUGAUGAUGGAUUAUAUGAAGAAGAACAACCAUGUGUCAUUCCGAAUUGUAAUGGAAUUCAUCCAAAUAUUAAAAUAGAUAUUUCUCAAUCCAUGAUCAUUCAUUCACUUCAAAAUAUUAAAUUGAGUGAUCCAUCAUCAUCAUCAUCAUCAACAUUAUCGACUAGUAUUUCUUCUUCUCCUACGCCAAAUUCCGAUAGCAAGAUGGUCCAUAACUUUCUCGAGAAACGGAAGGAUCAUUCAAUGACGAGUAAUAAUGGUUGUAAUAAUGGUUGUAAUAAUGGUUGUAAUAGUAGUAAUAGUUGUAAUACUUGUACCAUUCCUCAUCAAAUGCCAAUUUGUCUUGCUUCUGAUGUUAACAUUGUUAGUCCAACUUUGAACACUCCACACGCAUCAACACCAUUCAUUUGCUCCAAACCAUCAUUCAAUUCUUCAACAACGGCAAUAACAACAAACACCACAUCUCAACCACCAGCCAACCCUUCUAUUACUGUAACAACACCACAAUUCGAUCAUAACAGUAUGGAUGACAUGUGUGAAGAUGAUGAAAAUUUUGAAUAUAACGAUGAGUUGAAUUUUCUAAUAUCUAAUUUUGAUUUAUCAGAAGAAGAAAAGAAUAAAUUCAUGCCCUAUAUUUACUGA